AUACGUAGUACUUUUUUAAAAUUUACUGCAUUAAACUUGAAAGCAAGAUAGAGCACACCUAAUAAUGAUUGCUUAGCUUUAAUUUUCAAUUUGCAAAUUUAAAAAGCAUGUUCCUGCAGCUGUAAUACAGGGUUAUUGAGCUAUGAGAUCCUGUGGUAUAGGGGCAUUUUCAAGACGCAAUAUAGGCAAACCUGCCAGUAUUUGUGCUGAUUCUUCACAUGUUUCUUUAACAAGUCAGUGAAAACAGCAUUUGAAAUGUAUUUAUUCUUUGAGUACUUUGAAAGUUUCAAGUAACUAGACACUGAAAGAUGAAGAAGUAUUUUAAAAAGGAAAAUUCUGAGGAGCAGAACCUAUAGCCAUGGAGUCUCUCGCUCCAGAGAGUAAUGCCGAAACUCCCAUGCUAGUUAGUUCUCCUGCAGUUAGAGAGUCAGGUUGCUCAUACACGUGCAGAAAAGCGGUCAGUAAAUGGAUGAAAAAGAACUUAUUACUUUCUCUUACUAUUCUUGCUGUAAUUGUGGGGAUAGUUCUAGGAUUCAUGGCUAGACUUUUUUCAUAUACUACAGAUAUUGUAGUAGUAGUAGCAUUCCCUGGUGAACUCUUAAUGCGUAUGCUGAAAAUGCUGAUCCUUCCGCUCAUUAUUUCCUCGAUGAUCUCUGGCUUAGCUCAAUUGGAUGCAAAAGCAUGCGGCAAGAUGGGCUCGUGGGCUCUUCUAUACUAUAUAUCUACUACAAUAUUUGCAGCUGUGUUAGGUAUCCUUUUAGUGCUUGCCAUUCAACCUGGUGAUCCCUCCAUAAAGGAAUCAAGUGACUUCAGAGGAGAUGCACGAGAAGUGUCAACGUUAGAUGCACUUUUAGACCUGAUUAGAAAUAUGUUCCCAGAAAAUUUGCUAACAGCAUGCUUUCAGCAAGUGGAAACAAUUUUUAAGAAAAAGUCCAGAAACAUAACAAUAGCACCAAUGGAAUUUAUUGACGGUGAGGUUACAAUCGCCAAUGAUUCUUUAGUAAUAAGUUAUUUGGAAAGAAGACAUGUGUACAAAGAUGGUACUAAUGUUUUAGGUCUCAUUGUUUUCUGUAUCGCUUUCGGGAUCAUUGCCGGACAACUUGGUGAAUUCGGAGCACCGAUGGUUCAUUUCUUUGUUGUUUUGAACGAAAUCAUUAUGAGAAUUGUCAUUUUAAUAAUGUGGUACUCACCGUUUGGAAUACUGUCAUUGAUAGUAGGAAAAAUUAUGGCAAUUAAUGAUUUAGCCAAAACUGCGGAACAACUCGGACUUUACAUGCUCACUGUCGUUGCUGGAUUAGCGCUUCAUGCAUGCAUUACCUUGCCGUUUUUGUAUUUCGUUGUAACGCAUAAAAAUCCGUUAGUAUUUUUCAAGGGCAUGUUGCAAGCCUGGGUUACAGCCCUGGGAACUGCAUCGAGUGCCGCGACAUUGCCAGUAACCUUUCGCUGCUUAGAAGAAAACAACGGUAUCGACAAAAGAGUAACUCGCUUUGUCUUACCUGUUGGAGCGACAGUAAAUAUGGACGGCACAGCUCUUUAUGAAGCUGUGGCAGCUAUUUUUAUUGCACAAAUGAAUGGAAUUAACUUAUCAGCUGGACAAGUUAUAUCUGUCAGCUUAACAGCCACUGCUGCAAGCAUUGGUGCAGCAAGUGUUCCUAGUGCUGGACUAGUGACUAUGCUGCUUGUUUUGACAUCCGUUGGCCUACCAACAGAAGACAUAUCAAUGAUCGUUGCUGUCGACUGGCUAUUAGAUCGUGUACGAACAUCAGUGAAUGUCUUGGGAGAUGCUUAUGGGGCUGGAAUAAUUCACCAUUUAUGCCGUGGAGAACUCGGGAAUAGCCUCAUGGAACGAGUUCACAUUGAGGUGCAAGAUGCAAAUUCAAGGCGAAAUUCUACUGCGGCUGCCCGCAAUUCUUUUCAUUUCACUAGUAAACAGAGAAGUAACAUAAAAUGUUGUGAGCCAAGAUCUUCUCAGCUACAAGAAGCGGAAUCGAACGAAACGUCAAUGUAGUUUACUUAAUAAAUUAUGUCUAAUAAAGUUUUUAAGCAGGA